ACGAAGUCAGCAUUCAUAUUUCUUUAUGACAUGUUCAUCAUCAACAACCUUUCAUUGAGUAGCGAGGCUCACCAGGAAAUGUCAGCAUCUAACGAAAUCUUUCAUGCUGUGAGUUUCGACUCAUCGGCUGAGCCUCGUGCUUGGGUUUGGACAUAAUCCAUCUCCUCGGGACCACUCAAGAAGUUGUUCUCACGGUGCAACGCAGUUGUCUUGUCUUGGGUGCUAAUGAUGGAUCACUGACAGACCACCACCACAUAUAUAUACGAGCAGCUGCACCAAGUUAACCCUACCGCGUCCAUACAAACCUGGCAAUACAUUCCCCUUCAGCAGUGCAAAAAGUGAAUCAGUAAUACUGAGAUUGAGACAGAGGUCUGCCAAACACCUACCUGCUCCCCUCAUCCAGCCAUCUACCCACUGAAUAUGAGCCUUUGGAAACUCAACUGACGCCUGGACUUUAGCACGUAAACCACCUUCACUAACCCACACGUUGACUUCAAGGACCUCUGUACCAGGGGCUGCUGGAAUUCCAAUAACCCAUAUUCAUAACUAUACCUGGAUUCUCCACCAAGCCACUGACCCAAACUAGGGAGAACCAUCACCAUCACAGACUCACCCUGAACAGUGGCUUUGAGUGGAGUUGGCAACCAUUUUGUUUUCUGAGAAGAGAUAAGACCUGCAGAGUGGGCUUGGCACCAUGAUUGACCUGAGUUACCUGACGGAGGAGGAGCAGGAGAUGAUCCUGUCCGUAUUAAAGAGGGACACAGAUCUGAAGAGGGCCGAGGAACAGCGUGUGAAGAAUCUACAAAAGCAAGAAUGUGACAAGGGCAAGCUGAAGUACCUGACUGGAGAGUGGUUCUAUGAGACAAAAUCAAGGCGUCACAGAGACAGGAUCCAUGGUUCUGACAUCAUCAGAGCAUCCAUAAGUCGGAGGAAACCUGUGACCAUAUUGGAGCUUUCCCAGAUGUGGGCAGAGAGGCCCAGUUUCGUGAACAGUGAGAACCAGGAUGUGUAUGUUCCUCCAGAACUCUCAGGCCUUUUAGAGGAGCCACUGGCACAGCACAAGAACUACUACAGGGAUGACAGCUACAAUCUGCCAGAAGUUUUGCAGUCCCCCACAAAGCAAAGACAGAACCCAUUCAACAGCACACCACUUACACCUGAAACUUUGGAGGAAACAGACAGCCAGUUACCCAAUGAAGCAAUGGAGCAAACCAAGACACCUGACGGGGAGUUUCUACCACCAUCUGAGUUCUGCGUUGCUCAUCUACCUAACUUAAAAUCGAUCUGUUCCGAAAACAUCCAAAGUGCACCUCUGCGCAUGCCUGUCCCCAAAACAAGAACAAUCAUUAACAGAUCCCAGGACUCUCUCUUGGAGAGCCCAGCAGCCAGACAGGCCAGCAGCCAGACAGGCCAGCAGCCAGACAGCCCAGCAGCCAGACAGGCCAGCUUUCCCGCCCCUAGGAGCAUCCUCAAACAAAGUAGCUCCACUGACUUUCUUCAGUUCCGAAACGUCUGCAGCUGCCAGCCAGAACCACAAUGUCCACAAACGCUGCACUCCAGUAACGGGGUCUUAGAGCCAUCUUUAGACACCUGGCCUGCUAAAGAGAGAGAGACCCUGGUCUGGAUAGACAGGAAACAGGUGAGAUUCGGCCUAGCAGUGAGCAGGAGCAGCGUGGAGUGGCCCACUGAGAUGCAGGAUGGAAAGGAGCUGGGCGAACACAGUCUCCUGGAUUUGGACUGUACAAGCCCCCCAGAGGGAGAGGAGGAGACGGGGCAGUCAGACCAAAGUGGCAUCAACAGUGGUAUUGACCAGGGUGAUCACAGACCACUAAAGGAAGACAUUGAGGUCAACAGUGGUAUUGACCAGGGUGAUCACAGACCACUAAAGGAAGACAUUGAGGUCAACAGUGGUAUUGACCAGGGUGAUCACAGACCACUAAAGGAAGACAUUGAGGUUUUGACAGCUGUAGGUUCACCUUGCUGGCUCCAACAGCCCAUUCAUGAUAUGCAGAGACAGGUGGACAUAGGUGAGGGUCUGAGUUGCAGAGAGAAGCCAGAUAUAAGAUGCCUAGACACAGGCCCAGCCCAGGUCCCUGCUGAUCAACGUGACCAUCGUCAUGCUGAGUCCCUUACCCUUCAGGUGUCCGACCUCCAUUGUGCUGAGCAAGAGACAGGUAAGCCCAUUCUCUUGGGGGCCGCGGCCCAGGGGAUCUCCCCCACCAAGAUAACAGAGGAGGACGGUCAAUCCAUGGCUAAAGUUCGCGACUGGUUCAGCUGGAACCUGGGAAGCUGUGACAAGCCACAGGUUCAGCUCCCCCAACAACCCAGUGAUGAACCAGUGACUCCUGUCGACAUCAUCACAGAUGAGAUGCCAAGUGAUGCUGCCUCUAAGAAGCCAUCUAGUCGUGUGUCUCCAAAGCCUCGGAGAGGGCUCCUAGGGAUAUUUAGUAGAUGGGAAGCAAGAGAAGAGAAAAUCCCUGAGCCGCAAAGCCCAGUUAAAGAGGAGGUGGUUCUCUGUGAACAGAAAGAGCUUGACGACACCACCCUGAACUUCGUCGUCUGCCAGUCCACUGUGAAUACUUAUUCUGACCAGCAGCAAGAUCUGCAUAAAUGUGCUACUGACAAACAGUCCGCUAAAAAUGAGAAGACACCGGAGGUUAGAGAACUAGUGCUUAAAAAAGAAAUAGACCAAACUCAACAGGGGCCAGAGGGGAGUGCAUGUGGAGUAGAUGCAUUACCAGAUAAACUCUCCAACUUGAAAUCAUUUUGGGAAAGAGAAAUUGGCCCUAAAAUACUGCUCAGUAAACUAAGCACUGAUACAAUGAGGUGUGAAGUACUUGUUAGUGCUGGGGAUACUUGCGACCAAAAAAUGCAUGAUUUUGGUAAAGAUUUUGCCAAGGCUGAGACUGUUGAAGCAUCAUCAUCUUUUCAAAAUAUUCAGCUUCACCUCAACACUAGUGGCAUGAGAAAGUCCAAUAUCUUUGGAGCAAAAAGCAAUGAUAGUAAUGACUCACAUAUGCUGAUUAACCAUCCCUUCUCCCAAAAGGUGGAAACCUCAGAGCAGUGUAACAUAGACCUCAGUGCUGCUCUGUCAUAUGACGAAAAGUCCUCAUCUUCCGUUGAAAGUAACUACAUGUUAAAAACAUCAGGUGACAAUGGUACAUUCAGGGAUAAAUCCAUCCUUAUCUCUGAAGAUAAUUCCAGUUCAUCUGUGGGCUUGAUAGUGCCUUCUCAGACAGUCCAGCCAGAUGAGAUGGUGGACAUUCCUUUACAUGUCUCUCCAUCCAGUCCCCGCACAAGCCGGCAGGGUCGUGUCCCAGUGCCCCUUGUUAGACGUUCCCUCAGUCAACAGGAAAGCAGGAAGGCCAAGAUCAAUAACCUCAAGUCCUUCUGGGAGAAGGAGAAUAGUGGACCAAGGGUCAUUGUUGGCAAACCAAAGGAGGCUUUAGAUAGUCAAACCCAUCCAUUUUCAGAAACACCUCCAGUCCACCACUCAAUUGCCACUUCUCAGUCUAGUCUAAGAACAAUUGAAACUGACCUAGGGAAGGGUGACUGUGACAAGCAACGCUCUUCCUUAUACGGGGUUAAGGCCAGCGCCUCCGACUUGUCCAUGGCUGAAAGAAUAGAAAAGUGGAGUUCAAACUCAUCACUACUGAGUAGUCACUGUAGUGUUGGCGAUGUUGAUUCUAUAAAUCAGCAAGAUUCAUGUAAGAUGGAAACAGGGCCAACCCUGAAUCAAGAAAGACCCUUAAGUCCUAAAACACCUCUGCCUAGAUCUGAAAUUCCAAAGUGGAAAGACAAAACUGACGUUGAACUUAAGAGAAGUCCUUCAAAGACCUGUCAUCCAAAAGCCCUGCCCAGAGGUUCAUCCAGUUUCCAAGGAGCCAGGCGUGAUAGUUCUCCAUUUAAAUCCUUAUCCAUAGACAUUGCCUCACCCACAAGGGAGCAUCAGGAUGAUCCAGAGAGAGCAACACCAGUGGUUAAACAGAGAAAAGGACUCUCACAUGAAGCAAUGCAGUCAGAAUUAGAGUACACCAAACAUACCCUAGGAAUCACGUCUACCUCUCCACAGUUUAGAUCUGAAGAGAAGGGGCAGGAUUGCCUGACCUUUCCACGUAGAGGCUCGGCACAGAGCUCACUAACUUCUAUGAUGUCCCCGCUAUCACCUACUAGGUCGCUUCCUUGCCCCUUCAGAAGGACCAGUUUAGGGAACCUAAUUGUACAGGAGGGCAGUCCUCACUGGUCCUCUAGGCCAAAUCAUGGGGACCCGCAUAUAAGAAGAGCCUUUGAAGCUGGCAAGAUUGAUCAACAGACCAUCAAUAGGGAUCCUGGUGAAAGAAAGCUUUCGGGAGCAUCUGAAGUCUCUGAAACAUAUCUCCUCCUUGCAAGAUCUUUCAUUCCCCAGAGCAACCAACAUUAUUUGGGGCUCCCUGAGCAGACACACAUCCCUCAGUUUAUCUCAGAUAAAGUGGGGAAUGACCAUCUGAGUCCCACUGUCCCCACUCCAUUGCUCCUGAGCAUGAGAAGCAGUGAGGGGAGUCCAUCUUGGAUCAGUCCUAGGUCCAUGGAGAAUGUCGACAGUCGCUUAUCCAGAGGAAGCAUGCCUGAGAUCUGGUCUCAAUCUCGGGCAAGUUCAAGCUGUCAUGGUGAGAACUCAAGCCCUAUCAGGUUAGAGUUUAAACAAAUGUCUUCAAGACCCUUAUCCAGAAGUCUGGAGGACGUUUUAUCACCACCAAAACGAGAAGAGAGAAGUAUAAUUGACCAAAGAAGUGAAAUUAAUCUAAAUGUGGAUGAUGUCUCUGCAGUGCCUCCCUCCUCCCUCCUUCCUCUCCGUCUCCCUCCUCCCUCCUCCCUUUCAGUCCCGGAGCAGAUGAAGAAUAUGAGCAAGUCGGUGUCUGUUAUGCAGGAUGAGAAGGAUGGCAGAGACAGUGACAGCACCUCAGUGGAAAGUCUCAACUUCAGCUGGAAAAAGCGGAUGGGCAGUUCCCUCACUAACCUUAGCCUCUCCUCUGGCAUGGCGUCCAUGUCCUCUGUGAGCGGCAGUGUGGCAAGCAUCUACAGUGGAGUAGAUGGGGAUGUGGAAGUGAAGGGAACAAUCCGGUUUGCCAUGAAUUAUGUCCAGAAGCUCGGGGAGUUCCACAUCUUUGUUGUCCACUGCAGAGAUCUUGCCGUGGCAGAACCCAAGAAGAACCGUUCUGAUCCAUAUGUGAAAUGUUAUCUCUUACCGGACAAAGCGAAGAUGGGAAAGAGAAAAGCCAGUGUGAAAAAGAAGACCUUGAACCCCACUUACAAUGAGAUCCUUAGGUUUAAAGUUACCAUGGAGACCCUCAAGACUCAAGCACUUAAUGUCUCCGUGUGGCACAAUGACAACUUUGGACGGAACAGCUUCCUUGGCGAGGUGGACUUGGAUUUGUCUGAAUGGGACUUUAGCAACACGCAGAUGAAUGAUUAUGCUUUGAAAGCAAGGAUCUCGACACAGUCUCUCAGUCCCUCUCACUCCCAAUCUAUUGACCAUAGAGGAGAGAUGAGAAUAGGAUUGCGUUUCCUGCCACAGAUCUCCUACAGUAAGAGGUCAUCCAAAACUGAGACGGGUGAGGUGCAGAUUUGGGUGAAAGACUGCAAGAACCUGCCUGCUAUCAGGGGUGCGAUCAUUGACCCCUUCGUGAAAUGCACUAUGCUUCCAGACACGAGCAGGAAAAGCCGACAGAAGACUCGGGUGGUGAAGAAGACGGCCAACCCCAUGUUCAAUCACACCAUGGUCUACGAUGGCUUUCGGCCGGACGACCUACGAGAGGCCUGCGUUGAAGUCACAGUGUGGGAUCACGACCGGCUCACUAACCAUUUCAUUGGGGGCUUAAGACUGGGCCUUGGAACAGGUAAAAGUUAUGGGUUAGAGGUGGAUUGGAUGGAUUCAACCUCUGAAGAAGCAAGUUUAUGGGAGAGAAUGAUGCAUUCUCACAAUGAAUGGGUUGAGGAUAUUAUACCCUUGAGAAUGUUGAUAAUGGCAAGAGGUGUAUCAAAAUAAGAUGGUGUGUGAAAAGUUGGAUGACGAAAUUAGAAGAAAGUUUCUCAUUGGGUGUAUCAGUUUGAUGAAACUUAUAACCGAUAAUGUAAUCAGUAAUAUAAUCUCUCACUUUUUUUAGGAGAAAGACCAUACAGGCACAUUGGAGUAUUGUGCUUGGUGCUUAGAUUCUUCUUAGAAUUACAUUACAAGUGUGUAUUUUAUUUUUUGAAAGAUUAACAUUUUACAUAAUCAUGCUUGUUGUCAUACAGAUUAAAUACCUACUCAGAAAUGGUUAAGAUAUAAAUAGGUUGUUUUAAUUGAUUCAUUCCAAUGCAUAUUUAUCGCUUUUUGUGUAUAUUCCUAUAUAUGUUUUCAUAAUGUUAUUCCAUGGUAAAUUAACUGAAGAAAAUGUUUCCACUAUUGAUACAACAGCAUAUAUAAUCAGAAAUGUGGUGUUAUGUUAUCAUUGUUGUCUUUGUAAAAUACAUUUAUUCACAUUACUCAAUAUAGUAACAGCAUAUAUUUUUCAUCAUAGUUAAUGUUUCCACUAAUUCAGGCACCCCAACAAUAAAUACAAUCACAUGUUGAAAAAUAAAAUCGGUGUGAAUUCAA